AUGUCGUGUGGGUUGCUAGCUCUAUCGCGGGAGCUUAAAAGCGCGCGUACUGCCCGCCCAGGCGCACUCUUCAACACGCGCUAUCGUGGUAACAGCCGAACUUCUACUCCAGAAACUGAAGACGUUGAAAUGGCGCAAAACAUCUUAACUCUGUCCGUCAUGGCGGUGCUGGUUUUUUCAGUCGGAGUCAGCGCUAAACGUGGUUGUUCAGCCUUCGGGCACUCCUGCUUCGGCGGCCACGGGAAGAGAUCCGGUGACUCUGGUGACAAUAUGAUGGAUACAUCGAACGCCGAGCUCAUGGCUAAUCGGCAGCUCGGUCAAGAGGAGACUCCACCACAUCCCAUAUAUCCCCACUCCGGAUAUGGAAACCUGCCUGGUGACGACAUCAUCCCUGUUAGAGAUGGAGGCGUAUAUGAUCGGGAGGAAAACAAUAUGAGAGAUGCUGUCAAAAUGAAGUUACGUAAUAUUCUGAAAUACUGGAUGGAUAACUACAGGCGAUCAAGAUUGAACAACGAGGACGGGUAUUACAUUGAGAAUUUGUAAACUAUGAAAUUACGCUUGAUUAAUUAAAUGUAACAUAAAAUAAACGCGUAACGAAAGAAGCUUGAUUAUAACAUCUCAUUAAUUAAUUAAAUUAAUUA